AGGCCGAGAGGGAAUGAGUGGGAGGCAGGAGACCGCAGUGCCUUCCCUCUCCGAGCCAAGCCUGCCUGGCCCGCGCAGGCCAGCGGCCCCCGGGCCGGAACCUCCUGCGGGACUGCAACAGCCCGGCUAGGAGGCGAGCGAGUGGGUGUGUGUGUGGGGGGCGGCCAAACUUCCUGUCCCGCGCUCGAGCUGCUUCCGGCGGGAGCCGGAAGACGCUCUGUGUGGACAGAAUUCGUGACCGACUGACGGACGGACGGCUGCCCGGGACGGAAAGGCUAAAUUAAUUACCCACCCAGCACAGCAUCUUAGAGGAAAAGCAUAGCACUUCCUAGAGGAGUAUGAGCAUAACAGGAAGGUGUCAUUGACUCUGAAUUAAAAUUUUAACCUGUCCCCUGAACAGCUACAGGAUUUGGAAGCUGAAUCAAUGUUAUCAGAUGAGUUAGAAUCCAAACCAGAGCUGCUGGUACAGUUUGUUCAGAAUACGUCCAUCCCACUGGGACAGGGGCUAGUAGAAUCAGAAGCUAAAGACAUUACUUGCUUGUCCCUCCUUCCAGUGACUGAGGCCUCAGAAUGCAGUCGGCUAAUGUUACCAGAUGAUACUCCAAAUCAUACUAACUCCUCCAAGGAGGUUCCUUCCUCGGCUGUGUUGAGAAGCCUUCAGGUGAAUGUGGGUCCAGACGGAGAAGAGACGAGGGCUCAGACUGUGCAGAAGUCUCCGGAGUUUUUGUCCACUCCAGAGUCUCCUAGCUUGUUGCAAGAUCUACAGCCAAGUGAUAGCACUUCUUUUAUUCUUCUUAACCUAACAAGAGCAGGUCUGGGCUCUUCAGCUGAACACUUAGUAUUUGUACAAGAUGAGGCAGAGGAUUCAGGGAAUGAUUUCCUCUCCAGUGAGAGCACAGACAGUAGCAUUCCAUGGUUCCUCCGGGUUCAGGAGUUGGCCCAUGACAGUUUGAUUGCUGCUACUCGUGCACAACUGGCAAAGAAUGCGAAAACCAGCAGCAAUGGAGAAAAUGUCCACCUUGGUUCUGGUGAUGGGCAACCGAAAGAUUCUGGGCCCCUUCCUCAAAUGGAGAAGAAGCUCAAGUGUACAGUUGAAGGCUGUGACCGGACGUUUGUGUGGCCAGCUCACUUUAAGUACCACCUCAAAACUCAUCGAAACGACCGCUCCUUUAUCUGCCCUGCAGCAGGUUGUGGGAAAAGCUUCUAUGUACUGCAGAGGCUGAAGGUGCACAUGAGGACCCACAAUGGGGAGAAGCCCUUUAUGUGCCCCGAGUCUAACUGUGGUAAGCAGUUCACUACAGCUGGAAACCUGAAGAACCACCUGCGCAUCCACACAGGAGAGAAGCCUUUCCUUUGUGAAGCCCAAGGAUGUGGCCGUUCCUUUGCUGAGUAUUCUAGUCUUCGAAAACAUUUGGUGGUUCACUCAGGAGAGAAGCCACAUCAGUGUCAAGUCUGUGGGAAGACCUUCUCUCAGAGUGGGAGCAGGAAUGUGCACAUGAGAAAGCACCACUUGCAGAUGGGAGCAGCUGGGAGUCAAGAGCAGGAACAAACUGCUGAGCCACUAAUGGGCAGUAGUUUGCUUGAAGAGGCUUCAGUAACCAGUAAAAACCUGGUGUCUAUGAAUUCUCAGCCCAGCCUUGGUGGAGAGUCCUUGAACCUACCAAAUACCAAUUCUAUCCUAGGAGUUGAUGAUGAGGUGCUUGCUGAAGGAUCCCCACGUCCUCUGUCUUCAGUGCCUGAUGUGACGCAUCAUUUGGUGACCAUGCAGUCAGGGAGGCAGUCAUAUGAGGUGUCUGUCUUAACUGCCGUAAAUCCACAGGAGUUACUAAACCAAGGAGAUUUAACUGAAGGACGGACAUGAGCAUGGGUGCUGACUCCUGGAAGAGCAGCUCUACCUGAACCCAGAGUGCAUGCAGUGGGAACAGGAUGCUUAUGGCUCACAAUUUGCCAGAACCAAAAUGAAUCUGUGAAGGACAAGACCCCACUUUUGCCUCUGUUCAUCUUUCCUGGCCUAGAAGAUGACUGUAGGAGAGCUUCUAUUCAACUACCAUCUGAUUCAGACAAGGAAGAAAGCAGUGAAUGUGGGCUGGGUAACUGUACCUACCUCUCUUCCCACUGCACAAUUUUGGGAUAGACUUCUCCCAAAAGUGAAUUUGAUUAUUUGUUGGCUGAAGUUUCUCAGUAAGACUGUUGAGGGGAGGUUUUCCUUUGAAGAGUUUUCAUCCCAUACUGAGCUGUCUUUUCACAUGGGUGAACUAAAUCCUGCCACCAACCAUAAAACUUCACCAAGAAGUUAAGCUUUCAAGAUGCCUUGUUGCUUUCGAGAAGGGAGUGGUGUCAGUUCUGUUGUGACAUUCUCCCUUUAGCAACCUGAGUAAGAGACUCUCUGCCACUGGUCUUCAAAAAAAUAAAUUACUUGAAUCCCUGCUUGGCCCAGGCUGAGGUACUAUCUUGUCCUAUACACCUCUACUUGGCCACUUUGCUUUCUUUGUUUAUGGAACAUACAGUAGCAUGUUAAGAGGUUGUUUGUUUUUUGCUUUUUGGUUUUUUUUUAAGUUAAAAAUCACCUGAUUCAGAGCUUCAAUUGUUUUUCCUUUAAAUAAACAAAACAGCCAGUCA